ACCACAUAUCCGGAAGCAAACAUCACGUCUACCAGCGUGUGGAAAACUCACAUGGUAGCUAACAGGGGAAAGAGAGGGCGCUUACAAGCAUAUUGGGGAAUCUAGAGAAAAUGUCUUCAGCUAAAGCGAAGAUACGGGAGAAGAAGAUGAGGAACCAGCCCUCCAGUGUGCAGUACCACCCUCCCAAUGUGGAGAGCAGAUCACAGAACGGAGGAGACACCCCGGUCACCGGUGGAGGUGGUGAUGAUGGUCCAUCUGACAUCCGUCCGUCUACAGAACGGCCAAAGAGCCCUUACCAAAAGGGCAGAUGGGUGAGUGGACACCAGAAAGAUGGUGGAGGCUACGCCAAGGAGAUGCCGAAGUACAUCACUGCUGGAGCUUUUGCCAGGGCGAGGGCGGCAGAGGUGGGCGUCAUGUUGAAAGCCGCCACCAAUGUAACGGGCAGCUGCCAUGUCUUUGGAAUCCUGCCCAGACACAUGAGGAGACGGGCCAUGAGCCACAACACAAAGCGGCUCCCCUGCAGACUGAGAGAUGUGGCCAACAGAAUGCGAGAGAAGAGUCUCCAGUGCGGUUCGAAGAAGAAGAAGGAACAGGCAAAGAACAAGAGCCGCAAGGCCCGCCGCCGGCACGGAAAUCUACUGCUGGAGUAUAACCGCCGCCAGAGGAAGAACGUGUGGCUGGAGACACACAUUUGGCAUGCCAAGCGCUUCCACAUGGUUAAAAAGUGGGGCUACUGCCUUGGUGACAGACCCACAUACAAAUGCUACCGACCUUGUUACAGGGCAAUGAGCAGCCACUGCCUCUUGCAGGACCUUUCUUACUACUGCUGCAUAGAGCUCCAGGGAGCGGAAGACAAGCUGCUGGCUUCUCUGUCACAGAUGACCAGCAAGGAGGCCGGUCCUACAUUUGCUGCAGCACUGUGUCUAUCGGGGCGAAGACAGGGCAGUGUGGUGGUGUACAGAGCGGGACAGUACCCCUCACAGCCCCUGGGCCCUGUCACGUUCCUCUGGAGACCCCGCACUCAGGGGUCAACCCACAGACAGCUGUGGAUUUGGGCUCACCCCACUAUUAAACAGGACCUUCUCUUUGAGUUUCAAACUGUGUGCCAGUGUGAGGCUGUACUUCCUCCGGCUGCUCCAGUGGUGACACCUGCUGAGGUUGUUCCCACCCUAGAACCAGAGCCAAAGCAUAAGACCCCUGAGGCCAAGCAGAGAACUGGAACAAAGAGAAAGCGCACCGUUGAGGAUGCCAGUGGACCACCUGCCAAGAAAAUCCUGGGCGAUGGAACCAGAUCUCCCACCACUCCAGUCACCUGGAAGUCCAGCUCAACUGGAAUAGUUAUGAAUGAUCUCACAAUGGAGAUGGUACGCUAUCGCCUGAUUGGACCACUGUCCCAUUGUGUUCUGGCAGAAACUUUGGAAGUCGCUACAGACUGUGAUGAAAUGAGUAAAUCCCUGCCCUCUUCCUUCUGGUGGCCUGAGCACUGCAAAGACACGAGCAAGAUGAAUCUGCAUCAACAACAAGCUGAUGUCUUUCGCAUACUGAAAGGUGUCUAUUCGACUGGAGAGCUCCCUCCAGGCACAGUGCUGGGUCUGACUGUAGAUGACCCCAGGCUGACUUUACCAACAAAGAAGGUUAAAGCAUUGUCCUGUGUAAAGCAGUCACAAGAGGUGGACGAAGAGAAGAGGAAGGACCUGAUGUUGCAAGGAGUGGCAGAACACUGCUGUCAGAGUUACCUGUGGGAGCAGUCUGUCCGGGACAACGUCACUGAUAACAAGAUACCAGAGCAGACGUUGAACCGUAUGAGACGUGAGGUGCUAGUGCCGGGGUCCAGGCUAAGCCCCACUCCCCUGCAGAGCCGAGUCCCCAUCCUGCUGAUUCACCAGCCUGGCAAGCAGGUGGGACAUGAGAUGAGCACCUGGGGUGCUGGAUGGGACCUGCUGCUUCCUAAAGGAUGGGGCAUGGCCUUUUGGGUCCCACUGGUUUACAGAGGAGUUCGCGUUGGAGGGCUGAACAUGAGCCUGAAACACUCUCAGAAUAAAGGAACCCCCCACUUCCCCCAUGAUUACCCAGACUGCCCUGCAGGCGUUCACUUCCAGGAGGAGCAGGAGGCAGAACUCCUGUACAAGUUUAAAAGGCGUCCGCCCGCCAAAAGGACCAAUUACAUAAAACACGGCUGUCUGGCUCCGUUCCGUUGCCCAUGGCAACAGUUGACCGAGGAGUGGGAGCUUAUCUUGAAGGAAGGAGGAGAGCAGAGGAAAGAAGACGGCCAGACCCAAACCACAACAGAAGCCGCCACGGUGAUGGAGGUAGAGAUGACAUCACAUGGAGACAUCGCUGGAAGAAGGCCUCAGAGCCGCGUCACUGUACUGAGGAACAUAAAGUCUCUGAGGCUGCUCUCUGGUUGGUGCAGACCCACAACGUCCAAAGGUCAGAGGCCGUGGCGUGUUGGGCAGGCGCCGCCUCUCGACCCUUCAGCUGUGACAUCGUUUCUCAGAGCACAUGGGAUGGGUCUGGUGUGGGUGCGUCUGUCACUGCUGUCCAAGGGUAAACCAGAACUCCACGCCAUGGUGUGUGUGCCAACCACAGAGGACCUACAGCUUCUGAAGAAAGGUCCCGGGAGCAGCGGCCCCCAGGAGCCCCCACACAGAGACCACUUUAAAAGCAGGAUUAAACGCAAAAAGAACGGCCCCAAGAAAGCUGCGAAAUCCUCUUCUGAUAAGACUGAUGGCAACAAGUCAGACUUUCUUUCUGCCACUGAUCCAAACAACACCACAUCUGAAACCCCCACGUCAUCCUCAGGACUCAUCUUCGGCGUGUGGCCGGAUCCUCUUCCGAGCGUCACCUCUUCCUGCUCCCGGGUGACUCUAGGCUGGGUCACUCAGGGUGACUUCUCCCUGUCUGCAGGCUGUGGGGAGGCUCUGGGGUUUGUCAGCGUUGCCGGUCUCCUUAACACCCUCCUCAACCAGCCAAUGGAACACAGAGGAAUGUUGCUGCUGCGCAACCCCUCCUCCCUGCAGUACCGCUUUACUAAAAUCAACAUAGAAGUCUGAUUAAAACAUCUGAGCCUAUGCAGAACUUAACUUCCAAAAAGCACUAAAUUCUUGGUUAAUGGAGAAAGGUCAAUACUACUUCUGUCGCAUGAUGCUUCCUUCACUAAGUGAUCCCUGUGCCUUGAUAGUUGCUUUCUUGGAUUGUGCCAACAUGAACCCUACAGUGUUAGUUGAAAAGUUAAAGGCAUGCACGAGGCAUGACUACAAGCUACCUGGUGGUGCUGUGAAAAGACUAUUUUUAUUAUUUGGUUUUUUUUGUUGCGUAUAUUUCACUCUGGGAAGAGACAUCCUCAUUUUUUCAGUUGAAAAAUUUUGGUUGUAUUUGUUUCCAUAUCAAUGCCUUUUGUAAGAGGGAUACUCCACAAAGGGAUAAGAUAAAUACUGAAUGCCAGGCUUGGUUUUAGUUAGAGAUUAGUUCAGCCUUUUAUCAACUGGGUUUCAGAAAUUAACUCAUUUAUUACUUAUUUGACAUCCCUCUAUAUCCAUGCUAAUGUUGCUGGGAAUAUUUAUGUUGGUGGCCUUCUAUAAUUUUUAAAAAGUCAAAAUGAAUGAGUUUGAAUUUGAUGAAAGUGGCAGUUUGUGUUUAAAAUGCCACUAGAUUGAAAAUGUUUUGUUUGAAAAUGAGCUAAUAAAAUACCCAUACUGCACUCGCCAGAAAAUGCCAUCCGUGGG